CAACCAUUCAAAUCCUUGCUCUGCUUUUACUUGUAACCUAAAUGUCUGAUUUUGGUGACUUCAACUCCUCCAUGGAGGAUCCUACCGCUGAUUUCCUUGCUCGUGAGAAGGCUGCUUUGGGAGAUGAUGCCGAUUUAUUCAACAACGACAUUCCAUCUUUCUCUUCACCAGCACCUAACCAAGUUCCGCUCCCGAGCGUCACUCCAACUGAGCAGCUAGAAUCAAGAGCUUUUUCACCAUCAUCGCAAAACAUCCUUAGCCCUCCAGCUGCUAGUUUCGGAUACACCUCACCUACACCUGCUGGCGAUUAUUCUGCCUUUGAAAAUGAGUUUCCUGCUGCUGAAGAACUUGAAACUUCUCAGGCAUUUAUCAACGCCAGCACCAUCCCGGAUGUUGAACCUGAGGUGGUUAAGCAGUGGCGUGAAAAGCAAAAGGAACUCAUCGCCGAAAGAGAUGCUGAAAGUGAGGAAAAGAAGCAUCAGAUUGUCCAAAAGGCACGUGAAGCAAUCGACGAGUUCUAUGAAGAUUAUAACGACAAGAGACAGAAGGCUAUUGAUCUCAACAGAGAAAAGGAAGAGAAUGAACAACAGGAACGCGAAAAGGCGGCAUCUGGCACUGUUUGGGAGCGUAUUUCACGCGAAAUCGAUUUCAAGUCCAACUCCAGCACUCGAGAUGUUAGCAGGAUGAAGCAAUUGAUGACGGACCUUAGAAAAGAUUCACGGGCUCCAGGAACCAUUGUAGACGCAUAAAUAGUAUGUUACGAGUGUUAUAAUACCUGCCAUAAACUCUUUUUAAAUUUAGUGCUGGUUUCAAAUCGAGCCUGUCUUCCUAC